AUGGCGAAAAGUCAGCUGGUAGGCUUUCAAGGACAAAACGCCGGUGAUGCCCAAAAAUCCAACAGCAGAGAAGCGGAAAAGCAGUUCUUCUCCGAUCCAUCGGUUCAGAAAACGGUCACCGAGUUGCAACAAAUCUUCGACGCUUGUUAUCAAUGCCAGGCGGUGACUUCCGGAAAACUAUCAGUUCAAGAGACGCUGCUCUAUUCCCGGCAAUACUUGGAGGUGUUGAAGGGCGCGGCUGUCGACCGUGACACCCCUGAGGGCUAUCGGGAUUGCAUCGCGUGGAGCCUGUUCGAGUCGCUGUUCUUCAACCAAUCUGAUUCCCUACUCACGUUUGACUUGAUACGCUGGGCGGCUACUUCAUUCCCCGACGAUCAGAUUUUAAUGGCCAAAAUGGAAGACGAAGUGAAACGAACGGGAAAACAAGUAGAAGAAGCCUCGGACUACUGGCGAACGACUGUCUUCCAGCUUCUUUCGUUCCAUUUUGUGGAGUGUGCCCAUCUUUUGCAGGAUAGCGGACAGCAGGAUCAAGCCACCGAGGCGUUCAUCACUGCCCUCCAUCGUAUGAACCUGGAAUGGUUAUUGCAACAGGAUAGCAUGUCCGCCUACAUCUCGUGGCAAAAGUCGCUGGGCGGUCAGGUGGCUUCCGGGAUCUUUGACCAAAAUCCGAACAUCAAAUUCCUCGCCGGGAUGCUGACCGGGGACAAAAAGGUGUAUUCCCGCCUUGUCGAGGCGAUUGUUCCGAAUUGGUGGCAGCUAGUCCCUCUCUACACAACCACCUGGUACCCGGCCGCUGAAAUAACGCAAUUGCCGGAUAUUGCUGAGGAAUGCCGACGUCUCUAUCCCGCGACCGGAGACCAGGGCGACCUCUUCGCCAGCAUCCUCUCCCUCGACCACUUCUCCGUGCUCCAGGAGAUGAUCCACCCGCCAUAUCUGGCCGUCCACCUUGCCGACCUCAUCCACGCGUCCAUGUCCGGGGCCAAAGAGGACGAGAACGGCACAACCACCAUCUACGACCUGCGCAACUACUUGAUCAAGGACUACGGCAAGAUGCUGAUGACGAGCAGCUCGAUCUGGACGACCGGGGUCAACUACUUGUGCACGUUGGGUGUAGAGGGGAGGGCUGAGGCCGAGCAGCACCUGCUCACCAUCCCGAUCAAGGGCGAGAACACGGCAAAUCAGAUUUACCGCAUCGCAAAGGAACAGCGAAUGGACAGGGCUGCUCAGCACGUCGCGGACACGAUGGUCAAGAAAUACCUGAAAACGAAAUGCUGGGGUCCGGCCGUCGCCUGGGCGCUCCGCGGUGACGACGAGGACCGAAAUGCCCUCGACGCCGUUUGCCACACGGUUCUUCAAGAAGCCUCUUGCGAAGAAGUGGCCCAGCUUUAUGCCCUCGAGAAUCUGGGCGAUCGUGUGCUUCAAUCUUCCGGCCUGACGUUCCUCUACUCGUACUUCCAGUUCAGCAAGAGCCUGACCGACGGCCUGGUGCACGAGUCGCUGGCGCUGCUCAUCACGCUCUUCAAGGGCAGCACCGUCCCCCAUCGGUUCAGCGAGCGGCUCCUCGAGCACUUGAUGGACAUUUUGGGCAGUGUUAAUGAGAUCCCGAUCGAGAAAGAAGUGCUGUACGAGCUGAUGUCGGUGGUGAAUCAGCUGUCCACCGAACGUCUCGCCGAGAUGCCGGAGGACGAGGCCCGCAAGAUGGACAACACGGCCGAGUUCCGCAUGCUGCGAACCCUGCUCUCACAAGCCUUCGUGAAGACGAUCGCCGUCGACAUUGGCCCGGCGAUGGAAAGC